AUGGCCGAUAUCAAACAAUUGAAAGCUAAGCGUAGCAAUAUCAAAGGUCGUUUAACGAAGUUUAAAACGUAUCUAGAUGAUUUUUCCGAAUUAGAAAAUAUUACGGUUUUAGAUAUAAAUAAAUUAUCGUUAAAAUUAUCGAGAAUACAGACAUUGUUGAAUGAGUUCGAUGAGGUGCAGGGUCAAUUGGAAAUGUGUGAAGGAUGUAAUCAAGCUGAGGAAUUAGAUAUUCGCGAUUCAUUUGAGCAGGAAUUUGAUAAUUAUAUUUCGGUAGCUCAAAACUUCAUAGAUUCUAAUUCGGCCGCUAAAGAAAUGCACUCACCGUGUAAAGCAAAUUUGAGUACUUCGCAAUGUAAUCAGGAUAAUAAUAACAUGCUAGGUUUUAAAUUGCCAGUAAUAAAAAUACCUACCUUUGACGGCACAUAUUUUAAAUGGCUCGAAUUUAAGGAAACUUUUAUUUCUUUAGUCCAUGCAAAUGAUAGUGUCAAAAAUAUUCACAAGUACCAUUAUCUUCUCUCUUAUUUAGAAGGGGAAGCUGCGCGCGUUCUUUGCAAUUUAGAAGUAAGUGAUGCGAACUACUCUGAGGCUUGGCAACUUCUUUGUAAGCGUUAUGACAACAAAAGGCAAUUAAUUAAUAAUCACCUAAAGGCAUUGUUCAGCAUUGAGUCCGUGCGAGAGACCGACAAGUCGCUUCGUUUUAUUGUUGAUCAUGUUAAUAAAAACUUGCGGGCUCUCCGCACCUUGGGACUGCCUGUCGAGCAGUGGGACGUACUUGUCAUAUAUAUGGUAACAGCAAAAUUAGAUAGUACUACUUAUUAUAAAUGGGAGGAGACUAGAACCACAUUGCCGGAAAUUCCUACCUUAGAUCAUUUUUUUGAAUUCCUAAAGAACCGUGCAAACGUUUUAGAGACCGUCAGUAGACAACGACAAGAUAAACCUAAAAUAUUGCCCCCUCCUGCUCAGCCUAGAUCUCAGACUAAAUCCUUCGCCCUGACUACUAAACAUACUGCACCGUCGGCCUCUGGGCCUCCUAUUGAAUGUUUGUUAUGCAAGGGUGCUCAUCGUCUUUAUGAAUGCACCUCGUUUCGGAAUAAAACUGCCGAGGAGAGGAGUACCAUAGUAUCUAAAUUAAAUUUGUGUGAAAAUUGCCUUAGAUCUGGUCAUAGGGUACAGAGGUGCAGGCUGCCGGGUUCUUGUCGUUCCUGUAAACAAAAGCACAAUACAUUAUUGCACACCUUGGACCCGACCGAAGUGCCCAGUACUGGCCCUACACAAUCCCAUACCCAAAACUUAGCAGCUAUCGCCAAUACUAAUGGUACUAAUUCUGAGGUUCUAUUAUGCACUGCUCAGGUGCAGUUAAUGAACCCCGAUACUAACCAAGUGCUAACAGUGAGAGCUCUUCUUGACAGCGGGAGUCAGUCUACGUUUAUUACUGAAAAGGUACAAAGUGAAUUAAAUUUGGCUCCUCAGCCUACUAAUGUCAGUGUGCUCGGACUGUCAGACACCCCAUUGGCCAUUCAGGCGAAACGUUGCGCGCUCCAUUUUCAGUCACUCACUGACCCGUUCAAGAUUAGUAUAGUGUGUCUAGUUAUUCCAAAAAUAGCUGAUAAAUUACCCAAGGUCACACUAGAUUCCAGUCAGUUCGAUUUCUCUCAAUUUAAACUAGCAGAUCCUAGAUUUUUUGAACCAUCCUCCAUUGAUAUGCUCAUUGGUGCUGACCUAUUUUGGGACUUAAUAGGUUCCUCUCAGCACUCGUUAGGCCCUAGUAAGCCUAUUCUUAGGAGCUCUAAAUUAGGAUGGCUCAUUGCAGGUCCUUUGCCUACUUUACCAAAAAUUAAGAAUAACAAACUGAACAAAGUUACACAUUGUAAUUUUGUUAUGAAUGAGGUAAGUACCUCGCCUAAUAUCGAUGAAGAACUAAAGAGAUUCUGGGAGCUAGAAAACGUCCCACAAUCUCAUCCCUUCACCAAAGAAGAAAGAAGAAUACGCUGA